UGCUGCCUGGCGCACGCGCCGUAUGCGAGCCUGGGGAAUUCAUGUGGAGGUCAGAGUGGAAGCAGGUGUGAGUGGGUGCAACGGAAGCAAUCAUGGCUGCCAAGGUGUUUGAGUCCAUCGGAAAGUUCGGCCUGACUCUAGCAGUUGCAGGAGGCGUGGUGAACUCUGCCUUAUAUAACGUGGAUGCUGGGCACAGAGCUGUCAUCUUUGACCGAUUCCGUGGAGUGCAGGACAUUGUGGUAGGGGAAGGGACUCACUUUCUCAUCCCUUGGGUACAGAAACCCAUUAUCUUCGACUGCCGCUCACGACCUCGGAACGUACCAGUCAUCACUGGUAGCAAAGAUUUGCAGAAUGUCAACAUCACACUACGCAUCCUCUUCCGGCCGGUGGCCAGCCAGCUUCCUCGAAUCUACACCAGCAUUGGUGAGGACUAUGAUGAGCGGGUGCUGCCAUCCAUCACCACAGAGAUCCUCAAGUCAGUAGUGGCUCGCUUUGAUGCUGGAGAAUUGAUCACCCAGCGAGAGCUGGUCUCGAGGCAGGUGAGCGAUGACCUCACAGAGAGAGCGGCAACGUUUGGGCUCAUCCUGGAUGACGUGUCCCUGACACAUCUGACCUUCGGGAAGGAGUUCACAGAAGCAGUGGAAGCCAAGCAGGUGGCUCAGCAGGAAGCCGAGAGGGCCAGAUUUGUGGUGGAGAAGGCUGAGCAGCAGAAGAAGGCAGCCAUCAUCUCUGCUGAGGGCGACUCCAAGGCAGCCGAGCUGAUAGCCAACUCCCUGGCCACCGCAGGUGACGGCCUGAUUGAGCUGCGCAAGCUGGAGGCUGCUGAGGACAUCGCUUACCAGCUCUCCCGCUCUCGGAACAUCACCUACCUGCCGGCCGGGCAGUCGGUGCUCCUCCAGCUUCCUCAGUGAGGCUUCCCCUGCUUGCACCUUCUCGGGCCAACAGGCCAUGGCCUCCGUCACUCUGAAUACACUUUCCUUCUGCCCCACCCCAGAAAUCACUGUGAAAUUUCAUGAUUGGCUUAACAUGAAGGAAAUAAAAGCAAAAUCACUCAGAUCUCUAAUUAUCAAAUGAAGCUUUUGUUGUUCCACUUUUUUUUUUAUCCAUUUUCAUAUCCAAAAUUGCCAAGUGCUUAUGCAGACUGGCUUUGAGCCCUCUGGAGCCUGCUGGCCUUCCACCCUAGGCAUUGACAGUUGGCAGAAGAAAGACAGGGCAGUAUUGUGAUGGAUGGGAGCACAGCUGGCAGCCUGAGUAGACCCGUAGCCUCCAUCCUGUCGUACAUUGAAGAUUUGAGGAUGGUGGCACACACACAGUUGAACCAAAAAGGCAAGCCUGCAAUUUUUCCAGCCAUUUGAACACAGAUGCAGCUGGGGAGGGCCAGAGGAAGUGGUCUAUCUUAACCGUAAGGCCCAUUCCCCCUAACUGUGACCAGCGGAAGCAGGUGUGUGCGAACAGGGCAUGGAGUGAAGAAUCUGCCCGUCAAGGUGGGUGGGCCUGAUUCUACCGCCCCCACCAGCGUCCUAAAACUGGGUCGGACUUGGAAUAGUACAAGAGGCCUGGACUGAGAUGUGAGUCCUGUUGGAGACUUCCUUUCCACUCCCCACUUCGGUCCUCUCAGAUACCCAAUGGGAUUCCAACUUGAAGGAUUGCAUCCUGCCGGGGCUGAGCACACCUGCCAAGGACUUGUGCAUCUGCCUUCCCGCUCCCUGCUCCCUUUCUAAGAGAUUGCCCUUCCUUCCCAAGGGCUGGGGGCCGGUGCUCCAAAGGAAGCAAUCAAGGGAAGAAAAGACAAUGUAAGCCGCUGUCAAUAAAUGACACCCAGACCUUCCAGCUGCCUUCA